CCCACUAUACAUCCCCGACCAGUUAUCAUCCUAACAUUUGGUGGCCCAUGUGAGAGAAUCACAAUUAUUGGUAACCAAACUGGUAAGACUUAACAAAUUAUAGGACCUUCUUUCAAUAAAUAAAUAUCUUGGGGAUGGUUCCGUAAAUUCCAAAUCAAUCCUUCAUCUUCUUCGCUGAACAAGGGCGAGACUUUUGAGUUUUGACCAAAAACCAAGUUGUAGACUAAUGGAAACCGCCAAAGAGCUUCGCCGCAGGGACGACUAAAUCACAAACUCCGAUUCGUCGCUUCAUAUCAGAUCACCGUCGAAGUUGUCGCACUGGAGCUCGCCGUCGUCUGUAGCAGCUUCUCCUUCUCUCUAUCCCCCAACCAUGGAAACUUAGACCCAUCACUGUUAGUCUGUUACUUCGUUGCCGUUCCCAAACCCUUCUCAGGGCUUCACCGUGGUCGUUUGAGGAUCUGUUCAUGGUGGCCCGUUGCUUGAUCUGCUGUAAAUUGCGUGACAUUGUUAGUGAUGAACCAUGUUCGUUAAUUGAUUUCUCCAUUGCAAUUUGUAUUAACAGGAAUAGAGGCAAAAUUCCCUUUCUUGUAUCUGCUUAGAUCAAGAAAUCCAACCAUGCACGAGUUCAUGUGUGGGAUUCUAUCUUGCUGCAUGCUUCCUUCUCCACUGGCCGUGAAGAAGUAGCUUGAAAGAACCCAUCAAUGGCGAUUUCUGAAAAUUUUCCUUGAUCAUUGCUUUAACAACACUGCUGAUCUUAUUGUCUCGCAUGUUUCUGUCAAUAAGCAUCAACUUGCAGAAAAAAAUCUGUCCCUACAACCUAGUUGACUGGGUUUUUCCACAUAUCCUUCCAACUUCUGAUUCAACUUGUGAACAUGUGGAUGCCAAACCUGGUCCAAUCCCUAUCCUCUCUCGCCUCGUCCAUAUCUCACACAUUGGCUGAAAAGUCUUGGCGAGGUGAACGGUUGCUGGCCAAAGUCUCCGGCGGCAAUGUCUGGCCUCGGAGCCGCUCUUACCAGCUCGCUGCUCCUCCCCAUUGCGUUACUGCUACUCCUCCUUCGCCUUCACUCAUUUCCAGCUUCCGUCUCUGCUCAGAGGGGUUCUGGGUCUGCUCCUCGCUGGCAGACUCUCUCCGUUUCCUUCAUUGUGCAGGCCAUAGCCCCAUAGUUGUAGCCCGGGGUGGAUUUUCGGGUCUGUUUCCUGAUUCUUCAAGAGCGGCUUACCGAUUCGCCCAGGCCACUAGUGUGCCAGACGUUGUCCUGUGGUGCGACUUGCAGCUCACUAAAGAUGGAUUCGGGCUUUGUCUCCCAGACAUCAAGCUUGAUAAUUCUACUGAUGUCUCUCAGAUUUACCAGGACGGUCAGAACACCUACAUGAUCAAUGGCGCCACGCAAACCGGAUGGUUUCCCUUGGAUUUCAGCCUCGCCGAGUUGUCAACUGUACCCUUGGUUCAGGGAGUUUAUACUCGUAGCGAGCAGUUCAACAAUUUGUUCCCGAUUCUAACUCCUGAGGAUGUUGCUGCACUAAAUCCAGCUGGCCUAUGGCUGAAUGUUCAGCAUGAUGCAUUCUACACCCAGCGCAAUUUAAGUAUGAAAAAUUAUGUCCUUGCUGCAUCUAGAAGAAUGGUUAUCAAUUACAUCUCAUCUCCGGAAGUGGGGUUCUUGAGAAGUAUUUCUACGCGAUUCAACCCAAGAAUCACCAAACUGUUCUUCCGGUUUAAUGCACCUAGUGAUGUCGAGCCUUCGACAAACCAGACAUAUGAUUCUUUACGAUCAAAUUUGACAUUUAUCAGGACCUUUGCCUCUGGAAUUCUUGUCCCCAAGACUUACAUAUGGCCACUGGAUGAACGUAAUUAUUUGCAGUCCAGUAUGCCCCUUGUCUUGGAUGCUCACAAAGCUGGCCUUGAAGUUGUGGCCACAGACUUUUACAAUGAUGGUGUUCUGAGCUACAACUACAGUUACAACCCUAUAGCUGAAUAUCUGCAAUUUGUGGACAAUGGUCAGUUCUCUGUUGACGGCGUGCUGUCUGACUUCCCAAUAACUCCAUCUGCAGCAUUUAAUUGCUACGCUCACAUUGGCCGGAAUGCUUCAGAGGAAGUAAAUACUUUGGUCAUCACCAAAAAUGGUGCAAGUGGAGACUACCCAUCCUGUACCGACCUUGCAUACCAAAAAGCCAUCUCUGAUGGAGCAGAUGUUAUUGAUUGUCCAAUUCAGAUGUCACAGGAUGGAGUUCCAUUUUGCCAAAGCUCUAUAAACCUUAUCGACACUACACAAGCCACUGAAACAUUAAAUGACUUCCUAACAGAUGUUCCGGAUCUCAAGGGCAAAGGCAUAUAUACGUUUAGCUUGAAUUGGAGCCAGAUUCAGAACUUGACUACGGCCAUAUCCAAUCCAUUUCUAAGUUAUCAGUUGUACCGAAAUCCUAGAGAGAGUAAUGGAGGAAGUUUAGUUUCCCUAGCUGACUUCUUGGCUUUGGCAAAGGACGCUGAAUCACUUUCUGGCGUCUUAAUCAACAUUGAGAAUGCGGCUUAUCUCAUGGAGAAGCAAGGUCUGGCUGUAGUUGAUGCGGUUGAGACCGAGUUGAGCAAAGCUGGUUAUGAUAACCAGACAGCUCUGAAAAUCAUGAUCCAAUCCACCAAUAGCUCAGUUCUAAAGAAGCUGAAGGAUAAAAAACAGUACGAGCUGGUUUACGAAGUUGACGAAACAAUUGGGCGUGCUGAUCCUUCUGCAGUUUCAGACAUCAAGAACUUUGCUCAUUCUGUUGUGAUCAGCAAGCAGUCGGUGCUAGCUGAGAAUAAUGCUUUCCUGACCAGAAUGACAGAUGUCGUGACGAAGCUACAGAAUGCUAAUCUCCCGGUCUACGUCCAAACCUUCAGCAAUGAAUUUGUAUCUCAACCGUGGGACUUCUUUGCAGAUAUCAACGUGGAGCUCAACACCUACAUCUUGGGGACCAAUAUCAGCGGCGUUGUUACAGACUUUCCUAAGACACCUAACAGAUACAGAAAGAACCGAUGUCUGGCUCAACGGAACAAUACUCCUCCCUACAUGUCCAUAGUUCCGGCAGGGAGCCUGCUGGGAUUCAUCCAGGAGCCAUCAUUGCCACCAGCUCAGGCUCCAAGCCUACCUCUGACCGAGAGCGAUAUCGCUGAGGCGCCUUUGCCACCAGUCAGGAACAAACCGACGGUCGACUCUCCUCCUGCUGCUCAAAUUACACGAGGAAGUGGGCUGUCAAAGGGAGCAGUUGCAGGGCUUGUGGUUUCGGUUGUGGUUAUACUUGUCGUCGCGCUCGGCUGCUUUCAGUUGAGAAAUAGGGGAAUGUUGGCUCGGAUGGGAAUUACAUGAUCUUUGUAAUUCUGUUGACAUUCUAUCUAUGUAUAUGCAUGUUUCUGCACAUGUGAUAUUUUCUGUCUAUACAUGUAACUUGGGGAACAAGAUAACUAAGCAUACGUGAGACAAAAGCUCCAGAGAACAGGAAUGUUGCAGUGAAAGGAGAAGAUUGUAUGUAUGGAUUCUGCAGAAACUUUCAUCAUGGGCUCCUCCUCCAUUACACAUUCGAAUUAUGGCUACUUUCUGAUUAUGGGGAAUUGAGGGGGAAAAGGAGACCACUUAUUCCAGUUUUGCUCCUCGUUUGUUUCUCUUUUUCCUUUGAUUUUGACUUUCGGGCGGCCAGCCUGUUUUCUUCCCUAAG